AUAGUAAUCUGUGACUGCUUAAAGUCAUAGGGUGUCGUGUGGCAUCAAUUUUAUUUUUGUCGAAUGUGUAUUAAAUUUUGAGACAUAAAUACAUUCUCUUACAUUAAUUCGCGAUGUCUGAACAUGUGCUGCCGGCUGAAGAGCCGAUAAGAUUCAUCGCGCCGAUUAUUCAAGAUAACCCUACAGGAUGGGGUCCUUGCGAAAUGCCGGAUCAAUUUCGGGAUAUGCCUUAUCAGCCCUUUAGCAAAGGAGACAGGCUAGGAACCAUAAGUGACUGGACAGUAGUACAGGACAAGAAAUACCAGAAUAAGUUUGCAUCUCAGUUUGGUGCUGGUUCAUCGUAUGCCUACUUCCACGAUCAAGAUGAAAGUAGUUUCCAUCUGGUGGAUACUACUCGGGUUCAGAAACCUCCUUACCAACGUGGCCGUGCUCGGGGACAGAGAGGCCGCGGUGCCAGAGGUGCUCGAACUCCUGGUGGCAUGACAACUUUGAAUAAACAACAAAGGGAUCGCAAACUUGGUAAGAGGUGGGGCCAAAGGGGUGCUCCAAUGAAGAUUCGUGAUGCCUCAGUUACUGUAAGGCCUACUUGGGUAACUAUUGAAGAUAUGGACUUUCCCCGUCUGGCUAAAUUGUCUCUACCAGGAAUAAAAGAAGGAGAGGAUAUUGCCUGCUGUGGUACUUUGGAAUACUAUGAAAAGUCUUAUGAUCGUGUCAAUGUGAAACAUGAGAAGUCAUUACAACGCAUUGACAGAAUCUUCCAUACCGUUACUACAACUGAUGACCCAGUGAUCCGUCGUCUCAGUAAGACUGUUGGUACUGUGUAUGCCACAGACACUAUCCUUGCAACUAUCAUGUGCUGCACUCGCUCCAACUACUCAUGGGACAUAGUUAUGGAAAAGAUUGGUGAUAAGUUGUUCUUGGACAAGCGUGACAACACUGAGUUUGAUUUGCUAACUGUCAACGAGACAUCUGUGGAACCUCCAGCAGAUGAUGGUACUUCCAUUAAUUCACCCCGUAACUUGGCCUUGGAGGCUACCUUCAUCAACCAUAAUUUCAGCCAGCAGGUGCUGAAAUCUGGUCCUGCUGAGCCGAAAUACAAAUUCCCUGAACCUAAUCCAUUUGUGUCUGAAGAGGAGGAAGGUGAAGUGGCAUCUGUGGGCUACCGCUACCGGAAGUGGAACUUGAACAAUGGUGUUGUAUUAGUAGCUCGUUGUGAACACGAUGCAGUACUUCAAGGUCCUCAAGGCGAAACCCAAUUUUUGACCAUCAAGGCAUUGAACGAAUGGGACUCUAAGUUGGCCAAUGGUGUGGAAUGGAGGCAGAAAUUGGACACACAGCGGGGUGCUGUACUGGCCAACGAGUUGAGGAAUAACUCAUGCAAGCUUGCUAAGUGGACUGUUCAGGCCCUGUUAGCUGGUUCGGACCAGAUUAAAUUCGGAUAUGUGUCGCGUGUGCAAGUGCGUGACAACUCGCGUCACGUCAUACUCGGCACGCAGCAAUUCAAGCCGCACGAGUUUGCCGCGCAAAUCAACUUGUCUAUGGACAAUGCGUGGGGUAUACUUCGAUGCAUCAUCGAUAUUUGUAUGAAGCAAAAGGAUGGUAAAUACCUUAUUAUGAAGGAUCCUAACAAGCCACUCAUUCGUUUAUAUGACAUUCCGGACAAUACCUUUGAGUCUGACGCCUCAGAGGAAAGUGGGGACGAACCGGCAGACACACCCUUCGCUCCUUUGUACUCGUAUGGAAACUCCAAGAGGAUUUAAUACAAUUGUGGGAAUAAUUAAUUUUUGUGUAAAAUACACGGGAAUUUUGUUAGUCCUGCUGUUAUAUUAUUAAAUAGUUCUGUAUUACAGAUUUGUAUUGGCCAAUAAAUAAUUUCGUCACAAA